AUGAAUCCCCCUAUCCAAGUCUUCUCCAGGGUGUGUGUGGGUGGAGGAGUGGACCCUGGUCCAGGCAGGGGCUCCAGGGAAGAGAAGGCGUCACUUCCGGGGGCCUUCGCCAGUGUCUGGUGGUUCCCUCCUCUGAUUGGGCAGAAGUGGCCCAGGCAGCCGUGUGACCUGCUGCUGUGGAGGGGCUUUGCCCCACCGCCACAUGUCUUCCAACCCAUCUGCUCCCCAGAGGGCUGCCUGCUGUGCACUUGGGUCCUGGAGCCCUUAUCCACCUGGAUAGAUUCCUCAUCCUUGGCCCGCCUUUGACCCACCCUACUCUGCCCAGAAGUGCAAGAGCCCAAGCCGCCUCCAUGGCCCCAGGAAGGAUUCAGGGGAGAGGCCCCAAACAGGGAGCCACGCCAGCCAGACACCCCGGCCAGAAUGGAGCUGACUGAAUUGCUCCUCGUGGUCAUGCUUCUCCUAACUGCAAGGCUAACUCUGUCCAGCCCGGCUCCUCCUGCCUGUGACCCCCGAGUCCUCAGUAAACUGCUUCGUGACUCCCAUGUCCUUCACAGCAGACUGAGCCUGUGCCCAGAGGUUAACCCUUUGCCCACACCUGUCCUGCUGCCUGCUGUGGACUUUAGCUUGGGAGAAUGGAAAACCCAGAUGGAGGAGACCAAGGCACAGGACAUUCUGGGAGCAGUGACCCUUCUGCUGGAGGGAGUGAUGGCAGCACGGGGACAACUGGGACCCACUUGCCUCUCAUCCCUCCUGGGGCAGCUUUCUGGACAGGUCCGUCUCCUCCUUGGGGUCCUGCAGAGCCUCCUUGGAACCCAGCUUCCUCCACAGGGCAGGACUACAGCUCACAAGGAUCCCAAUGCCAUCUUCCUGAGCUUCCAACACCUGCUCCGAGGAAAGGUGCGUUUCCUGCUGCUUGUAGGAGGGCCCACCCUCUGCGUCAGGCGGGCCCCACCCACCACAGCUGUCCCCAGCAGAACCUCUCUAGUCCUCACACUGAACGAGCUCCCAAACAGGACUUCUGGAUUGUUGGAGACAAACUUCACUGCCUCGGCCAGAACUACUGGCUCUGGACUUCAGAAGCGGCAGCAGGGAUUCAGAGCCAAGAUUCCUGGUCUGCUGAACCAAACCUCCAGGUCCCUGGACCAAAUCCCCGGAUACCUGAACAAGAUACACGAACUCUUGAAUGGAACUCGUGGACUCUUUCCUGGACCCUCACGCAGGACCCUAGGAGCCCCGGACAUUUCCCCAGGAACAUCAGACACAGGCUCCCUGCCACCCAAACUCCAGCCUGGAUAUUCUCCUUCCCCAACCCAUCCCCCUACUGGACAGUACACACUCUUCCCUCUUCCACCCACCUUGCCCUCCCCUGUGGUCCAGCUCCACCCCCUGCUUCCUGACCCUUCUGCUCCAACACCCACCCCUACCAGCCCUCUUCUAAACACAUCCCACACCCACUCCCAGAAUCUGUCUCAGGAAGGGUAAGGUUCUCAGACACUGCUGACAUCAGCAUUGUCUCAUGUACAGCUCCCUUCCCUGCAGGGAGCCCCUGGGAGACAACUGGACAAGAUUUGCUACUUUCUCCUGAAACCCAAAGCCCUGGUAAAAGGGAUACACAGGACUGAAAAGGGAAUCACUUUUCAGUGUACAUUAUAAACCUUCAGAAGCUAUUUUUUAAGCUAUCAACAAUAUUCAUCAGAGCA